AUGGUUCUUACUGGAGGUUGCAUGUGCGGUUCCGUUAGGUACUCUGCCAAAGUGGAUACGGGCGUCAAGGCCAUCUGCCAUUGUGCGCCAUGCCAGAAGCGCACCGCUAGCGCCUUCAGCAUGAAUCUGAUUAUUCCUCGCGAGGCAUUCGAGUUCACCAAGGGUGUAACCAGAACCUACCCACACUUGGGAGAUUCUGGAAAGCUCUACCACCACCACUUCUGUGGCAGUUGUGGUGCUCAAGUCAUUGGUAUCCCAGACGCAGCGCCAGGUAUGCUGUCUAUUAAGAUUGGCAGCCUCGAUCCUGAAUGCAGCAAUGUCGGUUCCAUGGAGAACGAGCUGUAUGUUGUCAACCGAAGGACCUACUUGACACCUUGCGAGGGUCUUACUCAGUACGAUGGGAUGCUUCCCCUCUAA